GGGGAUCCCACACAAAACGCACACCCAUUGAGGGAUGGGUGGCGGUGUCUCAGCGGUGCCAUGGUCAGUUGCCUUCACGGGAACGUUGGCCGCAGCAGAUGGGCCGAUUGGGACGAUCACGACAACAGAUGCACCACUAAACUGCGGAUGCUCCGUGUCGAGUUUCAUCCUUUUGCGCGGCGAGUCCAACAGCGAUCCUGUGAUCCGAAAGAGCGAUACUAGCUUCGGAAACGCAGCUGAAUCUUGGAGCGACGCAACAUUUUUUCAAGUGUGUUGAAGCCGAGUUGCAGGUGAGUGCGCAAGAAUCGGUGACUUCGAGUGCUUCCCAAGAUGCCUGUGAAGCGUCGUUGUUGAAUUCUGCCACAGCUGUGGCGUACGGUUACUCCACUCUGAGCAAGUCUUGCGUGCUCCUUCGGGAAAUAACACAAGCGAAUCCUGAAGAGGGUCUUCACAGCGGAGCCAAAAUGCAGGAAUUUCCUUGGCUGUGCGGACGUGUCUGCACAGCUGCAGCCGAUCCGCGCUGGACCAACAACGUCAUACAGACAUCGUUUCACAGUUUUCCAGCAUGCCAAUGCUGCUACAACGAGGAUUUCGGGAACUAUGCCGGAACCGGGAGGGCUUACUAUCAGUGUUCGUCUUCUGAUUGCCAAGUAUGCACUGGGGAUGAGCCGUGGUCAACUUCGUAUCCAACAACGUCGGAGACAAAGUCUUUGCAAGUUUGGAGCUUGCCGCUAGCUCUGGCCGCCUUUUUUUCACAGUUCAAGUAGCUUCUGAAAGUGGAGUAAGGUCAAGGGUUGCUUGGGCUGGGGCUGUCAAGAGGAUGGCCCCUUUGCCCCUUGCGGCGCAUAGCUCGCCAAUCCAAAGAUCCAAGCAAUGGC